CGUUUCUGCACUGUGCACUAUUCUCAACGUUGACGGCGCUCUUCAAAUUUCAACACGUUGUCUUUCGAGUUUUGUUCCAACUUGGUCGGUGCUGAGAGAAGUUUGGAUUGUUCAGAUUCAUAUUGUUGUUCCGACAAGUAUGGAGGCGGCAUUGGAUUUAAGCGUCAUUUCUCCCAAAUCACAAAAGGCUGCAGACUUCUUCCGUGACCUAGUGAGUGAAAUCCUACCUGAUCUCCUCGGACAUGUUGAGGGAGUCUCUAACCAGGACCGAGCCGACAGAGUGAAGCAGGCUCUACAAAACAUCUCAAGGACAUACAGAUGCAAACUCGGCAAUACCGACACAUGGUCGAGGUCUGAGUGGGACAAUGCUGCCAACCGCUGUGCCUACGUGUUUCUGUACUACAUGCAUCAUUGCCACAUGGUGUACGUAGCCCUACAGCCACUCCUGGAGAAAUCGCUAUCGCAUGUUGUCCAAAGAUGGCGGCAGAUGAAGUAUCUCCAGGUGUGUUGCAUCGGUGGCGGGCCUGGGCCUGACCUUGUGGGCCUGACUAAGUUUCUCAGGGACACUGAUGUUGUUCCGGUGGGCAUGCUGAAGUGCAGCGUCAUCGAUGCCUUUCCCAGCUGGAAAACUACCUGGGAUGCGAUUCGAGAGAAACUCCCGGAUCCGUUUCCUGUGAAUUACUUCCGGUGUGAUCUCGUGAGGGAUACUGCAAUUGAGCCGGAUGUACUGGACAUCAUCCGCAGGGUUGACCUGGUGACCCUGGUCAAGUGCUUCUCAGCUGUGGCUGCCUUCAUGCGAGAUGAUCCAAGGAGGAGCUCUGUCUUCCAGGCAAUCCUGAGAGAGCUGAAGCCUGGAGCAGUCGUUCUGUACAUCGACAACGAGAAGAAUCAAGAGACGUGGCAGUGCUUCAGUGAAAUCACCCGCAUGGCUGGACUUGAUGUCUUACACGAGUGGCACGGAAAGCCAGUAAUACCUUCCGGGGAAGAUUCCGCCAUCAUCCAGAAUUAUUCCAGUGCUCUGGAGCUGCGACCUAUGCAAUCUUGUGUCGUGUCUGUUGUGCUUCUCCGCAAGAACAGGCCCACUCUGUCUCUUGUGAGAACCACCGAUCCAAACAAGCCGGCCGUAGUUACCCACCCAGGGGUGCCCAGUCGAAAUCCGUAUCUUGAGACCAGAUUGUUUAACCAACCAGAUACGAAUGCCAUGCACGUAAAUGGUCAUCUCCAAGUAGAGUGGCCUUACCGUAAGCUGUCAAAACAGCAGCAACAGUCCACCGGCAUAUAUGCAGGUGGGGAUAACAUCAUAGUGAAUGGUUUGCCAUCACAGAAGUAGCUGUUCUAAAUGUGCAGUUGCUUUGACGGUCUUUCACUUUGAUGCUUAGUUCUUGACACAACGUCAGGAUUUGUGAUCUCAGAAUAGUCGUGAAUAGGAGCAGCAACAAUUUCAGUUUUACAUCAGUCACUGAUGCAGAGACUCCCUUACAAAGCUCUUGCCAUUUCAAACUUGCAGCACUUGACAGUCAAUAAACAGAAAAACCAAUUGCAAGAUCGCUUACGACCAAGUUAAAAGUGGCCGGCCUUUUCCAUGUGUGCCGUUUCGAUGAGGAUAAAGAUUUCUAAACUACUAAACGAUGGAUCUGUGAAACUCAAGUUUAUCGGGCAAGACAAGUUAUCAUCCAGAUGGAUUGUCUCAUAAAUUUGAGAUUCAUUGGCAUCUGUAGUAUGUUGUGUUUCUUCCGAGUUUUAUGUCAGUUUUACUAAAUAACCAAGCAAUAAAUCAAAUUUUUAUUUUAAUCCAUCAUCGGUGAUGCGACGUAAUGAUAAAACUAGGGCUUUACAAUGUAUUUGAAAAAAA